GGAAGCAAGCGGAGGAAGGAGCAGAGCCUUGGCGAGAGCUGCUGCAGUUUUUGCUGCGGGUAGAAUCUGCUUUAGAGAGAGCGGGGGCCUCCUUCGAAGACAACCAGCAGCAGCAGCAGCAGCAACAGCAGCAACAGCAACUGCAGCAGCAGCAGCAGCUGCUGCAUGUGGUUGCACACACGUACACGAGCAGCAAGGGGCAUCAGUCAGAGAAGGUUUGGCUGACCAGAGGGUCGCAGCUGCAGCAGAAGCAGCAAACAGCAGAAGAAUAA